AUGACUACUUUCGACAAUGAACAAAUAAAACUAAGCAAAGUUCAUACUAAACCGAGGAAAGGCUACAAGUUAGGGACUGCUACUGCCACCUUGAAGAAACUAAGAGCAGCGGCAUCCUCAUCUUCCAACGGAGUGGGAGUCAAUGUAUCUUCGACUAAGACAAGCUCUGAAGCAUCCAUUACCUCCGAAGGACAGAAAAAAAUAUAUGAUAACGGGGAAAAUGGGGAACUAAUCAUCUUAUUUUGUGAAUCCAACAAAGUUGAGGUUUGGGACUGGUAUCCGCCUUCACUGGAAACAAAGGUUGAUGGAGACACCAUGUAUCUUCAUGCUCAGGUAGAAUUAUUCAACAAUUUAAACGAGCAACAAGAAGAAGAAAGCCCAUUCGAAACAAAAGAUAUUCUAUCGUUCAAUUUCGUUCGUGGCGCUUUGAAAACGGGCAUGACGUUCUUGCUCAUCUACCGACUUCUGGGAACUACUGUUUGCGAGGUCCAUUCGAUAACACACUCUUUUGGGAUAUCUCUUGUUUCCCAAAAAAUAUAUCUCCCAAGUUAUCUUUGUACGUCGGCUUCUGACCCUGAUAAAUUGAUGAACUUUACAGUCAAACUUAGCAGCCGAGUUAUAGCGAUUGCCAACGAAGAAGGUUUCAUAUAUGUUUUUAGGUAUCAUGAGAUUCAAAACAAGUAUUUGCCUGCAAACCACGAUUUCAAUUUAGGGGGUUUAAAAAAAGUAUCAUCGCAACCGAUAAUAAGCAAGCAUAAUUUGGUUUCAAAAGUUGGAGAUGAGGAACUAUUACUUCAGACAAGUUGUUUAAAUGGAAUCCCCAUAUUUGAUGUCGUAGGCAAUUGGCUAGCCUAUUCUCCUGUCAAAUCAGAAUAUGAGCACAUAAAAACAAUUAAAAUCCCAAAAUCAGCUGAAGUAGAGGAUUUUGAUCCAAUACUAACAACAGAACAGGAUCAAACUUCGAAAAAAGUGUCUAUGUUUACUCCUGUUAAACUACCCCCGCCAGGUCCUUUACUAAAUAGGGUGCUAUCAACAUUAUCUAACACGGCACUUGAUAGCUUAUUCAAGCUAUCUGAAGUCAGUUCAUGCAAAGUGAGAGCAUACUUGAAUCGAGAUACACAAGAACCAAGAAAUGACAAAGAUAUGGCUCAAUCGCUAAAUUCAUUUGGAAAAGCGCUAAGUAAACUCAUAUAUUCGACUGCUUCUACAACGGCAUCUACUAUUCAAAAAAGCACUAGAAAUUUGACGGCUAAUGAUAAUCAACUAAUUAAAAUUAUUGAUUUGAUGAAUGAUGAAGUAAUGACGACGUUCAAACCUCAAGGAGGUGUUUCUUGCGUAUCACUUUCGCGUUAUGACUUACAACUAGUCCAUGCGAGUUUGCGAGGGGACCAUCUAUUUAUGUGGGAUCUAUGCAAGUUGCCUCGUGAAAUAGCUUUUGUUGGAAAAUUCACGAGAGGUAAAACGUCCGCUAUAAUUGAAAACAUAUUCUGGUUUAUGAACACGAUAGAUAAUGCUACUUCAGGAAUAAAUUCUGGGUUUGGAUGUACCACCAAAUCUACAGGAACUGUUCAUUGGUUUAACAUCAACUAUUUAUCUGGUAACUGUUCCAACAAUUACCCGAAGACAUUGGGCAAAGAAGAUUUUAGCGAAAACGUUAGUGAAAAGUUCUUAGAUUCAUGGAUUUUACCAUCAUUGGGUGCCGUUAAAUUCUUGAAGUUACCAUUAGUUUCAAAUGCAGAUAAAAUUACAAACAAUAGCUAUUCUUUGAAUCAAUUAGGAAUAAUAGACGAUGAAGGAAAACUAAAACUUAUCUCAAAUUUGAACGGUAAUUCUUCAUACCAAUAUAAAUUACCCCAGUCUCCAGUGAACAGAAUAGCAAUUCCUCUUUUCAACCCCCUUCGACCGGAAAAAAUAUCUGACAUUGAUGUCAAUUAUUUAUCUCAAGCAGAAAUUGAGACUUGCAGUCCCUACAUGAAUUUGGCAAGAAAUCAAAACGUUACAUUUGCAGUGUUUAAAUUUAAAGAUAGUGAAAAAACAGAUUUCGAUAAUCUUACAAACUCCUACUCUGAAUUCGGUCAUAGUAUCCCAACAAAGAAACUUAAUUUUCACCGCGACCAAGAUGAUGCUACCCAAAAUGUCACAGAUCCAGAUAUACUUGACAAAUUAAUCAAUGGCUUAACAAUUGACCAAGGCGAAUUUUAA